GAAUACAACAGGAUCGCUAAAUGAUCAAGUAAUGUAUUAUGUAACAUAAACCAGAGGUUAGAAGCUGGGAGUCCAUCUAUUCCUAAAAAUGGGGAGAUGUGGCAACAAUGAGGUACAGCUGGGAAGGGUGCAGACCCCACUGUAUUAACCUUAAGGAUGCCAGUUUGUCCUAGCCCUCAUUUUCCUUUGUUAUCUGACUUUUGGUUUACUUCAUUUACUUACGUGACUUGCUUCAUUCUUGUGAGCAUGUCUUUGUCGACCCUUGAGUUUGCAACCCCCGAUAGACAUAGGUACAUGACGGAAUUUAAAGAAACAAUUCUGUGAAAGAGGUAGACACUAGGUUGACUUUAUUUAUUUUGAAACUAGGCUGACUUAAAGAGUGUGGAUCGACAAAGAGAUGAUGGUAGAAUCUAUCAGGAAAGAAAAAAUCGCUCAAGCUAAGGCAACACGGAAGGAAAAGCACAUGGUAAUAUGGAAACUAGAAGCCCCCCAAAUUUUAUCUAGAAGCAGCAAUCAGCAAUUACAGAAUCCAAGGAGAGACAGUGUGGCACAAUGCUUUGGAAUUAGAUUCAAAUCCCAGUUCUACUACUUAAUAGUGAAGUACUAAGCCAAAUCAGUUAAGAUGCCUAAAUUUUUGUUUCAUUAGCUAUUGAGUUACUUAACAUUUCUUGGUUUAAUGAAAUAUAAUAGCACAGUGAGUACUGAACAGUUACUAAUUCUCUCUCUUGACUUGUCUAAAUUCACAUAGCCUGUGGGGAGUCAGAACUCUCUUUUUUCCCUCACUCUGGCCAGGGUUAUGUUUGCUUUUAAAUCUCAAAACAUCAACUACUAAGAAUAACCUUAUUCAGACAAGAAGGGUCAUGUUGUUAGAAUAGGAGGCUAUGACAUUAUAGAAAAUCAGAAUCUUUAAAAGUAUUAAAUUUCUUAAUUUUAUAUAUAGAUUUCCACUUAUUUUUAGUAAUUAUGUGUAUGAGCAGUUUUAUGUUAAGUGACAUUACACAGUGAGGUACAUCAAAACAACAUCAAGUGUCUUAUAAGUUUAAAACCUUCUGAAAUGACAACUUAGUAAAAUGUUUAAAAAUCCUGCUAGGUUACAGAGAGUAUUACAUUACUUAGGUGGCUGCCUCCUGACAAGGUCUAAUGCUCGUUCUUUGUAACAAAAAACAAACUUAUCAGCCUGCUACUAUUUCUGAGAAGCUGAGUACUAUUUUUUCAGUAUUCGAGUUAAAAGAUCUCUGGCCAGCAGACUAAAAUGUUUGUUUUAUAAUUGCCCGCUGAACUAUGAUAGUUUGUUUCCAGAUGGUGCCCUUCCUUCAACCUGCACACAGUCUCUCCUUGUUCGGAGCUAUUCCACCUCCUGCUGAUCUCACUACCCCCACCCCUAUUUAAGGCUACAGAGAGGAAAUCCUAAGGAGGAGACUUUCCCCCCCUAGUCUCCAGCAAUUUUUUGGUGACGUAAUAUGUGGGCUGAACUUGAGUUUACUGAGAAAGAGAGGGAAUCACUAUUCAAGGGUACUGUAUAUACAAUCUGGGUCAGCUGCAGCUGGUUACUGCAUUUCUCCAUGUGGCAGACAGAGCAAAGCCACAAUGCUUUCUCUGCCGGAUUAACGACAGCCCACAGACCAGAACUUCCACUAUACUACUUAAAAUUACAUAGGUGGCUUGUCAAAUUCAAUUGAUGAGUGUUGUAAGAAGAAAAAGAAGUUCGUUAUUACAGCUUGGAUUCAACGGUCCAAAACAAAAAUGCAAUUGCCAUUAAAGUCACAGAUGAACAAACUUCUUCACUGAUUUUUAAAAGCGAGAAUAAGAGCAGCAAGUUUCUGGGUCUGCUUUAUCAACAGAUGCAUAAAGACUUUAUACAACCUCAUUUCAAAAUGAAGGCUUUUAUUUGGACCCUAAGUGUGUUAUUCUUCCUACUAAUGGGCAUUGGACAUUGCAGAGGAGGACAGUUCAAAAUAAAAAAAAUAACCCAGAGGAGAUACCCUCGUGCCACAGAUGGUAAAGAGGAAGCAAAGAAAUGUUCAUACACAUUCCUGGUGCCUGAACAAAAAAUUACAGGGCCAAUUUGUGUCAAUACCAAAGGGCAAGAUGCAAGUACUAUUAAAGAUAUGAUCACCAGGAUGGACCUUGAAAACCUGAAGGAUGUGCUCUCCAGGCAAAAGCGGGAGAUAGAUGUCCUGCAGCUGGUGGUGGAUGUAGAUGGAAACAUUGUAAAUGAGGUAAAGCUGCUGAGAAAAGAAAGCCGGAACAUGAACUCCCGUGUUACUCAACUCUAUAUGCAGCUAUUACAUGAGAUUAUCCGUAAGAGGGAUAAUUCACUUGAACUUUCCCAGUUGGAAAAUAAAAUCCUCAAUGUCACUACAGAAAUGUUGAAGAUGGCAACAAGGUACAGGGAACUAGAGGUGAAAUAUGCUUCCUUGACUGAUCUCGUCAAUAACCAGUCUGUGAUGAUCACUUUGCUGGAAGAACAGUGCUUGAAGAUAUUUUCCCGACAAGACCCCCAUGUGUCUCCUCCUCUUGUCCAGGUGGUGCCACAACAUAUUCCUAACAGUCAUCCGUAUACUCCUGGACUGCUGGGGGGUAAUGAGAUACAGAGGGAUCCAGGUUAUCCCAGGGAUUUAAUGCCACUACCUGAUCUGGGGACUUCUUCCACCAAAAGUCCUCUCAAGAUACCACCAGUAACGUUCAUCAAUGAAGGACCAUUCAAAGACUGUCAGCAUGCAAAAGAAGCUGGACAUUCAGUCAGUGGGAUUUAUAUGAUUAAACCUGAAAACAGCAAUGGACCAAUACAGUUAUGGUGUGAGAACAGUUUGGAUCCAGGGGGUUGGACUGUUAUUCAGAAAAGAACAGAUGGCUCUGUCAACUUCUUCAGAAACUGGGAAAAUUAUAAGAAAGGGUUUGGAAACAUUGAUGGAGAAUAUUGGCUUGGACUGGAAAAUAUCUAUAUGCUUAGCAAUCAAGAUAAUUAUAAGUUGUUGAUUGAAUUAGAAGACUGGAGUGAUAAAAAAGUCUAUGCAGAAUAUAGCAGCUUUCGCCUGGAACCUGAAAGUGAAUUCUUUAGACUACGUCUGGGAACUUACCAGGGAAAUGCAGGGGACUCUAUGAUGUGGCAUAAUGGUAAACAGUUCACCACACUGGACAGAGAUAAAGAUAUGUAUGCAGGAAACUGCGCCCACUUUCACAAAGGAGGAUGGUGGUACAACGCCUGUGCGCAUUCUAACCUAAACGGAGUGUGGUACAGAGGUGGCCAUUACAGAAGCAAAUACCAAGAUGGCAUAUUUUGGGCUGAAUACCGAGGCGGGUCGUACUCUUUGAGAGCAGUUCAGAUGAUGAUCAAGCCUAUUGACUGAAGAGAGAUCGCCUCCAACUUAAAUGACAGAGAGCUCUGCCCUUUUCAGUUCCUAAAAAUGUAAAUGUUACAUGUAUAUUGUUUUGCACAAUUCAUUGCUACAGACACAGUUUUAAAUGAACUUACCAUAACUGUAAAAGGGGAUUUAUGACUAUAGUUUCAUCUUUCCUCAAUAUACUGCAGAAGAUUAUUUGUACCCAUAAUCCUAUUUUUAAAAUUAUAUUGACUAAACAUAGGUAAAGUUUGUUUUAUAAAAUGUAAAUAUUUGCCACAGUAUAUAACAAAUCUUAGCUUUAUUUUAAAUCAAAAUUGAAUACAUGUUCAAGACAAUUUAUUUAAAAAUUUUAUGAGAUUGCUCUAACUUCCAAUAGAAAAGUAAUUUUAAAAUUUCAGCCAAGUAAUACGUUUUAUUUAUAAAAAUAUAGACAGGAAAUUAGAGAAAACUCUAGUUUUGCCAAUAGAAAAUACAUUUUGCAUUGAAUAAAAGUUAUUUCAAAUUCAA